GUGUUGCAUUUGUAUUUGCUGCUCACCCCUCCCCCUCGCACAAACACACACACACACACUUUUACACACACAACAGAAACUGCUGUAAGUUCCCCUCUCUGCCAGAGUCAGUUCCUCCAUCUAAGAUGCUGACUUGUUUAUGUUGAAGGGAGACAAGUGCUUGAAACCUGCCAGCUACUUGCACUUGCACCCAAAAAGCUCGUUUCAGGCGCCUUCUCUAAACUUUAAUUUGUUGCAGGAAGCGGCAGCAUGAGGUCUGCUCUGCUGCUGAUUUGCGGUCGAUAGGCAGCAGCGAGAGACGGAGCAACAGGCCGGUUUCCUCGGGCGUGGAUGACUUCUCUGAGUGAGGCGGCCCUCAUCUCGCCCGCCUGUAAACACACACAACAGGAGGAGGAAGAGGAGCAGGAGGAAGAGUAGGGGUCAGCCAUGGAGCUGUAGCUCAGAUGCCCGAGCGGAUCGCCACCGGAGGAGGAGAGCGCUGCAAUGAACAAGACCAAGAGGAAACCCAAUGCUGAGACUCCCUCCGGGCUGAAGAGCAGGAAGCUGGUCCAGCGCCGGAGGAACACAUGCCCCAGUCCGCAGGACAUCAGCAAGGCCCUGCAGAGCCCCGGCUCUACGCCCAGCGCCAGCGCCGCCAGCCUGGACGAGCUCAUCCAGCGCUGCCUCAACUGUUUCGAUUCGGAGGGGAAGACCUCCAGCUCCCGCGGUUCGCAGCUGGUCCACAUGACCCUGAUGAUGCACAGCUGGGUGGUUCCGUCUCAGAUGUUCGUCCAGAAACUCCUCACCUUAUAUCCUUUGAGCCGCUGCUGCUGCACCGACUGGUGCUCCGCUCCAAAAUCACAUGUUUAGAAAGUUAUAAUCAGAUCAGCGAACAGCCGCCGCUUUGUUUGGACUCCUGUAGAGCAGCUUGGAGUUCACAUUCAUAUCCUUCAUUCAGGUUUGAAUCUUUGACUCUAUUUCCUGUCACUUAUAAGGAUUGUCCGGUAGACAAACGGGGACUGAGGCGGGCGCAGAUCUGCCACCUGGUCAGGCAGUGGAUCAGCCAGUUCCCGGCCGUUUUUGAGAAGGACCCCCUCCUGGAGCAGACCAUGGGGGAUCUGUGGGAGCUGGUCCGGCUGGACGGAGAAAAGACGCACUCGCAGCUCAUCGACACAUCCUGCCCAAACCCUCAUGUGAACGCAUCGCAGGCGCCUUCGCCCUCGGUGAAGAAGAGGAAGGUGUCGUUGAUAUUCGACCACAUGGAGCCGGAUGAGAUGGCCGAGCAUCUGAGCUACCUGGAGUUCAAAAACUUCUGCAACGUCUCGUUCCUGGACUACCGCAGCUACGUGGUGCGAGGUUCUGUGAGGGACAACCCGGCGCUGGAGCGAUCCGUCAUGAUGUGCAACGGCGUCUCACAGUGGGUCCAGCUGAUGAUCCUCAGCAGACACACCGCCCAGCAGAGAGCCCAGGUCUUCACCAAGUACAUCCAUGUGGCUCAGAAACUGAGAGCCUUGCAAAACUUUAACACUCUAAUGGCGGUGACCGGAGGCCUCUGUCACAGUUCGAUCUCUCGCCUCAAAGACACGUCCAACCUGCUGCCCCCUGACAUCACUAAGAUCCUGAGUGAAUUCACAGAACUCCUCUCUUCGCGGAGCAACUACAGCAACUACAGGCGGGUCUACAACGAAUGCCGGGGCUUCAAGGUGCCCAUCCUGGGUGUCCACCUGAAGGACCUGAUCUCGCUCAACGAGGCGCUGCCGGACUACAUAGACGAGGAAAAGAUCAACCUGAGCAAACUGCAGCACCUGUACAGCAACAUCAACGACCUGCUGGCCAUUCACAGCUGCAAGCCGCCGUUCGAGGCCAACAAAGACCUUCUGCAUCUGCUCACGCUGUCUCUAGAUUUGUACUACACAGAGGAUGAGAUAUAUGAGCUGUCAUACAACAAGGAGCCCAAAAACCCCAAGAUUCAGCCUGUCGCUCCUGUUAAACCGCCGGUAGUGGCAGAAUGGGGAUCUGGGGUCACCCCCCGGCUCGACUCCGACACCAUCUCAAAACACGUCAAACAGAUGGUGGAUUCCAUCAUGAAGAACUACGACCUGAACCAGGACGGCUACAUUUCACUGGAGGACUUUGAGAAAAUAGCAGCCAACUUUCCAUUCACCUACUGCACUCAAGAGACUGACAGGGAGGGGCAAAUUAGCCGAGAAGAAAUCACCUCUUACUUCAUGAGAGGAAUGUCCGUCUGCGCUAAGCUGGGCUACAACUUCAACGAAACGCAUAACUUCCACGAGACGACGUACAAGCGGCCGACGUUCUGUGACACGUGUGGAGGCUUCCUGUGGGGCGUCAUCAAACAGGGCUACCACUGCAAAGAUUGUGGGAUAAACUGUCACAGACACUGCAGGGAUCUGGUUCGGACGGGUUGCCAGAAGAAACACAAAAACACAACUGGGUCGUGUCCAUGCACUCCCGGUCCUGAAUCCAGAACCAAGGGCAACAGCUGGAGUUCAGAAGAAGAGACCUUCGUUUUCCCCCCAAGCAACAACACUGAACAAAACAGAGUAACGUCAGACUGGACACAGAACACGGGCGAUUCCACGCUGUCGGACCGCUCCACUCAGACCGACCCCGGGGUUUGGACCCCUGAGAGGAGGGACCGGAGGGGAAACCUCAACUGUGUCGGACAUGCGUCCCCUGACAGACGGGCCAAGACGCUGCCGCACCGAAGCAGAGGUUGCUCCAUGCCGGUUUCCUUCCUUCAGGACAAGCUGGACGAGCUGCAUCUGCACAAAGACAAAAGCCGAGAGCCGGACUGAACGCUCCUCUUUCUGCUCGGACAAAAAGCCAACCGGCGCCGCCGCCAUGUUUGUUCCGCCGCCGACGUCGAACUUCUCAGACUCUUGGCUGUAUGGACUUCAUAGUUGUGACGUUCUUGUUAGUUUGACUCUGGAGUUUUCAAGCAUUUUUGUUUUGUUUUGUUUCCUGUGUAAUUUAUGAAAACCUUGUUUUAUUUGAAGAACACGUGCCUUCCAUUUCUGGUGCUAAGAUGAAUUUCUGCAAACCUACAGACAUUUCUUGGGCUAAACACACCGGAGCAGGGUAGGAAAUUAACACUAAGCAGCAAAAAUAAAUAUUUAGUUCAACUUCGGCAGCUAUAAGACAAAUGAUUAGUAAAUUGGGUAAGUAAACAUAUGACUUUAUUUGGGAUUGAAUUUGAUAAUUUCACUGAAACUACUGUGUUCCAGUUUUACUAAGAGCUGGGCAAUUCUGACUUCCCAGUGGGAAAAAUAAACUGGAACACCGACUACCCCCAGUUAAGGCCGAUUUCCUGUUUCAAUAUGGCCGCCCCUCACAUCAAUAGCAGCAAGAUGUGGUGGAAACGUGUUUAUUUUAUAAGAUAGAUUUGUAAAAAUGCGCCUCAAAUGAAUGUUACAUGUAGCGUCUGAAACGACAUAAACUAAAGGCAGAAAGUAAAACUUGAAAUGAUGUAUUUAUGGGUAUCGCCAUGUUGUUGCCAUUAUCUUGGGUAAAAUCCAGCUUCGAGUUCCCACUUCCCAGGUAUUAGGGCCACGGUAAGAAAAUAAAUUAAAAUUAAAGUAAUACGUGAAUAAAGUUGUACUAGAAUGAAUUCAAAAUAAUACAACACUCAUCAGUGACGUGCGGUGAGGUUCAUAGCUGGUGAGGCAUUGACUUAAUCAUAAUCAUAUUUACAAAUAUAGAAACCCUGCAUGUUAUUGUUAUUGUCAAAGAGUCUAAACCUUUACUUACCAUCCAUAGCCGCGCUGCCGCCGUAGAAUAAUUCUGUUAACUCAAACUUGGACAUUAGAUAUUAAUUUCUUGCUCCACAGCAAAGUGGAAAACCGUUAAAGUAAAACUCAAAACCACGUUUUUCUCGCUCUCCGUGUCAACAGCAGCUACGCGCAGACAGUUGCUAUAGCAACUGACAACAACGCCACAAAAAAACAAACAUAUUUCCCACACAAAGAGCAGAACAUUCAGUCUGUUG